AUGGGCUCUCAAGCGACUUCGGGGACAACUGGUCUCUUUGUCGCUGCCGCCGCUCUUCGUCUCCUUCUCUUCACGGCUUUCCCAGGCCUCCCGGACUUGCUGACGGGUCGUGUCGAAAUAUCCACACCAGUGAACAGCUUCAAGAGAUUACAAGAGGGUCUCUUUCUCUACAACCACAAUGUCUCCCCUUACGACGGCGGUGUCUACCAUCAAGCACCCCUACUCCUGCCCCUCUUCUCGCUGCUCCCCGACACGGCAGCAUACCCGAUCUUCACAUACGCCCUAUAUAUCCUCAUCGACAUCCUGAGCGCCAAUGCGCUGUAUAAAAUCGCCGAGUCGGGCGAGGCGAGCACCUCGAGAUUAUUCAAGUCGCCGCGGGCAGAGAGGAAGUGGUCCGGAUAUGUUGUGGCCGCCUUGUUCCUACUCAACCCCUUUACUAUAGCGACUUGUCUUGCGCGCCCAACAACCGUCUUCACGACAUGCGCCAUCCUUCACGCUGUUUCAAAGGCUAUUUCGGGUCAGAUUUUUACGUCGAUGCUGUCUCUGUCCUUUGCCGCCUACCUAUCCAUGUACCCCAUCCUUCUGCUCCCACCUCUAGUACUACUGGCGUACGACCGGACAUACAAACCGAAUGGGCCCUCACUCGUGCAAUUUGCUGGCGUCAAUGUUCUCGCCGUCACAAUAAGCUUGGCGAUCCUCUUCUUGUCGUCCUUUGCCGUGACUGGUUCAUGGGAGUUUCUUUAUUCGACCUACGGCAUCCAAUUGACUCUGACAGACCUCACCCCAAAUGUGGGCCUUUGGUGGUACUUUUUCGUGGAAAUGUUUGACCCCUUCCGCUCCUUCUUCCUCGGUGUCUUCUGGCUACACUUGUCCUCGUACGCCCCAGCGCUUUCGAUCCGCAUACGGCACCAGCCGUUGGUAGUUCUCACCCUCCUCACUGGCAUCUUUGGCAUCUUCAAGCCUUACCCCAGCGUUGCCGAUACAUCGCUGUUCCUGGCCAUGGUUUCCUGCUUCCGGCACAUCUUCCCACUCUUGCGGUAUAGCUUCUUGACCGGCUCGGUGGUGCUGUACUCUACGUUCUUGGGACCAGCAUUCUAUCACUUAUGGAUAUACGCCGGAAGUGGAAACGCCAACUUUUUCUACGCCAUCACCCUCGUCUGGAGCUUGGGACAGAGUCUGCUCGUGAGCGACCUUGCCUUUGCUGCUCUGAGAGACGAGUGGGAGGUGGAGAGGCCCGAGAUGAAGGGCAAGGAAAUCAGGCAGAUUUGA